AUGCCGUCAGAGGAGCGUAAGUCCACCGAAUCAGCGGAAGAAUCUCCUGGCAAGAGACGUCGACGGUCGCCAACGCCGGGUGUGCGGUCGCCCGCCUACUCAGACAUAUCCGACGACGCCGCCCCGGCCGAUCCCGCCGCCGAUUCCGAUCCCGCGCACAGACCGUUCCCGGUAUACCACCAGUACUAUGGACAACCACCGUACCUGCCCCCCGCACACUCGGCCCCCGCCCCCGCGACGGAUAAGGCCAAGGAUGAUCUCACUAAAGGAGACCCCAAGAUUGAUCACAAAGACAACAAACAAGACAGUGGUCCUCAAAAGGUGUUGCCACAGCAUUUCUACCCGUACAAUUAUGUUCCGAAUUUUCCCUACAACGUGGAGCCAGGAGGGCCGCCCCCGGGCGCCCCCCUAGAAGACAAGGGAAAAGACAAUGACCGCUCUAAGACAACUCCUAGUCCGUUAGACAAGAGUAAGCAGCCGAGGCCUAACGAUGGCAAAGAUAGUCAAGGCAGACCGAAUGAUAACCACCAAAUAUUGAAGGAGAGUAUCGAGAUGAAGGCCCAGAUGGGCUCGUAUGCGUUUCAAAGGCCACCUCAUGCGAGAGAAGACGAGUUGAGAAGAUAUUAUAUGACGCUAGAACAGAGAAGGAAAGAUGGUGGAGGUGACGGUAAGCCGGCGCAGGGGGGCCCGCCCGGAAUCCCGCAGGGGGCCCCGCCCGGCGCCUCCCCCGCGCGCCCCCCGCCGCAACACCCGCUCAAACCACCGCAAAAGGAAAAGGAUGACAAGCCCAAGGAGGAAGUUAAGGUGAAGCAGGAAGGUCAGAAGCCUACGACGGAGACACAAGGGCCUCCGCCGCCGCCUACGUCACAGUACUACCUCCCUCCUUACAUGCAGCCGCCUCAUUAUGGUGCAUUACCGUUCGACACUGUCUACAGACCGCCAUUAAGCCCUAUGCUAGUGGGUGGGUUUGGUGGUGGAUGGACGGUACCCCGGUACCACGCGCCCGAGGAUCUCUCUAGGCCGGGCGCGCCGGGGAAACUGGAGCUGUUGCCGGGACACGGCGCACAGUACUACGGCGGGCACGGGACACACGGCGGGCACGCGGGACACGCGGGGCACACGGGACAUGCUGGUCACGCGCCCCACAAGAUCCACGAGUUGCAGGAGCACGCCAAGUCUCCGGCGGGUAAGGCGGCGGCGCCUCCCCCGCGCGCCCCCGACGCGGGCAAGGAGUCGGCGCGCAGCCCCCCGCCGCAGCGGCACGUGCACACUCACCACCACACGCACGUUGGUCUCGGGUACCCUCUCUACCCGCCCCCAUACCCCGGUCAGUAA